AUGGGUAUCGGCCAGAAGGGAGAGAAGGGUGUUACUUUGCUCUUGGAUAAGUUUCUCUUUCCUCAGGCUAGUAAUUGGCUUUCGAGCGACAGUCCGUUGAUAGAUUAUAAAGAAAAUUUGUGGAUGCUUAGUUUAAUAAUCCAGAAGACUUCUCUGAGUCUUGCAUCGCUAGAGCAGCUCGAUCUUUGA